GCUGAACUGAUCAACGAAAGUGAGGUCACCAAAGCCUCUGUUCAGAAAGAUAGCACGACCAGGCAGCUGCGCUUGCACCUGAUCGGUAUUGCUUGGCAGCUCUGAUCAGUAGGCUCGAAGAGGACGCUCUGACGAGUUGGUGUGCUCACGCGAGCGAGCCCACCGCGCCUGCCUACUCGACGUGCCCUCUGUGUUGCUGGUGCCUGUCGCAGGUUACACACUUCCUCGACCCUGCAAGAGAGCCUGAUUGCCUGUCGCCAAGCGCAACGUCGCCGAACGACGAGCUGGCUAUCACCUCGUCAAUCGUGAUAGAUCAAGCUCGCUGUGGCCGACUCGGGCAGAGUAGAACAUCUCUUCAGACUUGAGAGGAUCUCUCCCGAGCGAGCGACAGAAUGCUUCCCUGGAAUCCGCCCGCCAGUCUAGGUCUAGGCACUCACACUACGCCUGGCGCGUCCUCUAACCAGGCCAGCACGCAAGAGGCCUAUGCCGCCAACUCUCAGCAGCAGCCACUUCAGACUUCCCCGACCAAUCAGAGCCAGCAAGCAAAUCUGCAAGGACCGCAAUCUCAGCUCGGUCCAGCUCAGCAGCAGCAGCAGCAGCAGCAGCAGCAGCAACAACAACAACAGCAGCAGCAGCAAGGCCAGCCUCAACAGGGUCCUGCCCAAGCUGCAGAGGGCGCCUCGCCAUGGUCACAAACCCCACCUGUCAAUCUCGCAUCUGUGCUACACUAUCUCCAAACCGAAUGGCGGCGCUACGAGCGAGAGCGCAACGAAUGGGAGAUCGAGCGUGCCGAGAUGAGGGCUCGUAUAGCGCUGCUCGAAGGCGAGCGCAGGGGUGUCGAGAAUCUCAAAACAGACCUCAUGCGACGCGUCAAGAUGCUCGAAUACGCGCUCAGACAAGAAAGGUCAAAGUACCUCAGCACGAACGCCGCAGCUGCCAAAGAUUCUGCAAAGCCCAAGGACGGCUCCGAGUCAGAACAAAAGAAGGAGCCAGCAUCGGCGAUACCGCCGGGCAAGCAAGUCGCGCUGAAGCUCAAUGACGAUGUCCUCCUCUCGAGCGGCAAUUCGACAGGCAGCAAUAGUCCACGCAAUGAACCUCUUCCUUUGCCCGAGCUAGCUGCACCAGCUGCCGGCCCAAGCAACACGCUCAAUAUCGCACCUAAUAUCACCCGGCCAGGUUCAGCUGCAGGUAUGGUAGCCAAUGCUGGUCCCGCAAACGGCAGUAAUCUGUCUGCGUUCCAUGCUCCCGUUGGUGCAUCUACGCAGGCUGCAUGGAAUCCGGCACUCGGAAGAGACCCCAGAGGUCGAGCAAGAAGUCGCGACUAUCUUCGCCAGUGCCUGCAGGAAAUCACAUAUCUCACUUCUUCUGCCAAUCUCAACCCUUUGCCUGCAAAGACGCCUGCCGGAAUGCAAAGACCUCGCAAACUGCUACCCGAGAAUGCCCCUGUUCCUGCCGCACAGUUCACCGGCGUUCCUGCUCCGUCGGUCAUACGCGCUGCCGGCACAUCCCCGACUGCGGUAGAGUUGUCAGCUGGCACAGGUUCAGCCGCAGAGCCUCUCAAGUCUGCUGUCACUACUGGGCCGUCCCCGCUACAGGCCGAAGUUACCGUCGAAGAGCAAGCCGAAAGUGCUUCCUUUGCGGCACCCGAGCUUCCUGACAAGGAAGCCAAAAGUCUAGAAGCCCGUGAUUCUUCAACAACCAAAAGUACGACAUCUGCUGCUGCGCUGACGAACGGAAUUCGUGUCAAUGGCGUCAGCAAGGGCCCGCAUAUGCUCGAAAGCGAGACUGAAAGCGAGAACGAGGCUUUCGCUGGCAAGAUGGUAAACCGAGUGCGGUCAGAUUCGGCCUCGACAGAGGUCGGGAGGGAGGAUCGACUUGAUGACGAGCUUACCCACGCCACCUCAACGAUCAACGGCAAGACCAGCGUGCCAUCAGAAGCCAAGGUAUGGCAGACGCGCAAAUCGCUGAGAGGUCAUCUUGACAGUGUCCGGGCGCUCACUUUUGACCGGCGUGAUCUCACAAUGGUCUCUGGCGGCGAUGAUCUGACCAUCAAGAUCUGGCGCGCUGAUAUGCAUCAUCGAGAUGCGCAGUCCGGCUUGCCGCCUCUGCCCGAAGAGCUACCGCAAGCGACCUUUCGGGGUCACAGCGAGGCGAUCACAGCCCUGGCUAUAUCGAGCGACUCGAAGCGAGUAUACAGCGCGAGUCUAGAUCAAACUGUGCGAGUGUGGAGCAUGCCUGCUCACGAUGCAGAGCCCUAUGGUCCUGUCAAUCCUGCGGUUAAGCUAGCCGUCUUCGAAGGCCAUGCUGACGCGAUUUGGGAUCUCAUUAUCCUUCCACUGCCGACGCAGGACCAAGAGGUGCUCGCGACAGCCUCUGCAGAUGGCACCGUCAAAAUAUGGAGCACCAAGGAUCUCAAAGCGCCGCUCCAGAUGAGCUGGACAUAUGCAGGCAACGAGCCCGCAGAGGCCGAACAGCCAGGUCCUCGUCCGACACCUGUGUGCUUGGCAGUCUGUCAGACCGACUUGAAAAAGAUUGCAGUAGCGUACACAAACGCAAUCGUCAAGCUCUUCGACUUUGAGACUGGCGUCCAGACGCUGGCGCUCAAAUCUGACGAAUCCUAUGAUGGUACACGAGCGACGCAGAUCAACGCGCUCGCGAGUCAUCCUACGCUACCACUGCUCUUCAGCGGGCAUGAAGAUCGAGCGAUCAGAGUCCUUGAUCUCGCAACAGGACAGUGCACAUACUCGAUCGAAGCGCAUCAAGACGCGAUCACGAGCCUGGAUGUCAGUCCGUCGGGCCUGUUUCUCGUCUCUGCCAGCCAUGACCGCUCGAUUCGAUUCUGGGACGUGAUCCAGACGCGAUCUUGCGUACAGGAGAUCACGAGCCAUCGCGUCAAGGGAGCAGAGGGCAUUCUCGUGGCACGCUAUCAUCCUUCUGCGCCUCUGUUGGCGACAGCAGGGGCAGACAGCCUCAUCAAGCUUUAUGGCUGAUUACUCAACG